AUGUUCAACAAACCCAAGCCCGACACUCUCCUGGGUCUCACCAACUCCGAGCAGAAGAUCCUCCUCCUCAGCAUCCUCUGUACCGACGAAAGUAACAAACUCGAUUUCGACAAACUAGCCCAGUACGGCGGGUACAAGAACCCAGCCUCCGCUAGUACAACGUAUCGAAACGCAAAGCGCAAGCUGAGCGACUACAAGCCAGAACCACCCACCUCCGCCGAGGGCUCCGCAGCCAACGCCCCCAAGAGGGGCCGACCCCCCAAGAAGGCCGCAACCGCGGAACCCCCAAUGGCUGCCGACUCGGAGCCCGCGGAAGAAGAAGAAGCAGCAGCAGCAGCACCAGCUCCCAAAGCAAAGCGCCAGCGUAUCACAAAGAAGGGUAUCGCACAGGUGAUCAAGAAAGACUCGUAUGAGUAUGCCCUUAUCCUAUUGCGCACGAGACAUCAGAGUGAACACUGCUAA